AUGUUGGUAAGCCCUGAAGAAAUUUUACUUUUGCUUGCAGAAAUUUGCGACCCUCGUCCUGUUCCUUAUCCCAGUUGCUGCCUCCUUGAGCGGCCAGGAGCUCGUCGAUUACAUCAACAAAAACGGACUUUUCAAGGCUGUAUACAACCCAUCAGCCGGAGCCUACCACUUUGGUCGUAUCAACGAUCCGUUGCGCAAAUCGACGUUGAAGAAGCGAACUGAAGCGGACUACGACUUGAGCGAGGAGAUUCCGGAGUCAUUCGACGCUGCGGAGAAAUGGCCCGAGUGCGCUGAGGUCUUCAACAACAUCCGCGAUCAGUCAAACUGCGGGUCAUGUUGGGCUGUGAGUUCGGCCGGCGUUAUGUCCGACCGUAUUUGCGUGGCGACGAACGGAAAAGUGAAGGUCUCAAUCUCUGGAAUUGCUACUGCUUCUUGCGUCGGCGGUGAUGGGUAGGGCUUCCUUUCGUAUCCAAUUUUGACUCACCAUAACGCCAAGGCUUAAUAGUGUCAAUUCCAGCUGCAAUGGUGGCCUCGAGGAGGUGGCCUUCGAGAAAUUCAUCGAAAACGGAUUUCCUACAGGCUCAGAAGUCGACAAACAUCAGGGAUGCCAGCCGUAUCCCUUCAAGCAUUGUGCCCAUCAUGUAAAUUCAACCGAAUACCCGCCUUGUGAUUCGGUUCCUGAGUACAAGGCUGACACUUGUUCCCACGAAUGCCAGAAGGACUACGAUCGGAAGUACGAAGAGGAUCUGUACUACGGGAAGGAACAAUACGGAUUCAGUGACGAGGCGCCCAUCCAGCGCGAAAUUAUGACAAAUGGUCCUGUAGCCGUCUCUUUCACCGUUUACGAAAGUUUCCUGUAUUACAGCGGUGGCAUUUAUCGCGUAGGUUUUCUGACGAAUCCUCUACUGAUUUAGUCGACGCCUGGAGAGAGGAUCAAGGGUUAUCAUGCUGUUCGUGUCGUUGGUUGGGGUGUUGAGAACGGCACCAAGUACUGGAAGAUUGCCAACAGCUGGAACGAACAGUGGGGAGAGAACGGCUUCUUCCGCAUACUCCGCGGCGUCGACGAGAGUGAUAUUGAAGACGGAGGUGUGGCCGUGACAAUUGAUACCAGCCGUUUGCCAGGGCAUGGUUUUUUCGGCUGAAGCAAGACUUUUUGCAAUAAACCUGUUAACAAGCUUGUCUUUUGUAAAUUUGUGACUCACUUUGAUAUAAAUAUUAUUAUCAUUAUGUAGCUUGUGAUCAAGAUUUUCGCCAAUUACUAAAUUACAGUACCCUUUGAUGACACUUGGCACAAACUUAGACUUAUUUUUUACAAGACAAAUGCGAGAUUUCUAGCUUACGCUCAGCUUUUUUGGUGGGAUGCUGUCAAAAAUGUCAUGUUUUUUGCAAAUUUUGAAGGGUUAACCCCGGCAAAAUCCGAGGAAAAUCGGUAAGCUUUAUCCUUGGGGCAUCCCAUGGCAGGUCUACACUUAUUUAAGAACUUCACUUAAUAACUUCCAACCAAUUACAACAAUUAUAUUUAUUAAAAGAUACCGUAUACAAAUAGACGGAAUUCCCCUUUGACAAUACGUUCCCUUUCUUCCCCCCUCCGUUCUUUUUUGAACGGGGGCAGGCUUAAGUAUAGAAAUAUAGAGAAGGAGCGGGGUCGGACGCACGGCGGUUGCACGCCGUAACAAGCUCUAGUUGACUACAUCAACGCGCAAGGCCUGUUUGUGGCCGAGUACAACUCCGCAGACUCAGCACUUUCAAAGGCCCCUUUGAAAAGUCCAAGCCAGUGAUUCGAACAAAAUAUGACUACAAUUUGAGUAGCGCAGAGAUCCCGGAGUCGUUUGAUCCGGCGGUGAAAUGGACAGAGUGCGCUGGAAUAAUCAACCUCAUUCAGGACCAAUCCAAGUGCGGAAACUGCUACGCCACAGCGGUUACUGGUGUAAUCUCGGACCGGAUUUGCGUCGCCACCAAAGGCGAACACAAUGUUUUACUUUCCGCGUGGGCGGCUACGUCCUGUAUGAAUGGUGACGGGUAAGAUCAAAUAAUACCUCGGUCACCACGUCAUUGGAUGGGGUGUGGAAAACGGCGAGAAAUAUUGGACCAUUGCAAGCAGUUGGAAUGAAGAGUGGGGCAACCACGGGUUCAUUAAGAUGCUGGCCGACGAAAACGAUUUGCUACCAUUGAUCUGAGCCGCCUUCCAAAGCUUUGAUAAACUCAAUACUUUUACUGAAAUUUUGGUUUUUACAAAAUUUCUAAGAAACUUGCAAACAAAGCGCGGUAAUAUUUUAUUUCCUCCUAUUGACAAAGAGAACGUCAUCGUGAAUUACAAUACGCAUGUCUUUGGAAGGUCGUAAAAACUGGUGCGGAAUAAGUGCGACUCCAUUGAAAGGUUGUCAUAAAAUUUAAUUUAGACAGUAUAUUGAGUAUAUUGAACACAUUACACGAAACGAAAUGGAGAGAUAUAAAAGGCAAAGAAAAACGUCUAAAAUAUUGUUUUUCCGUUUGAGCGUUGUAUGCUUCAUCUAGCUGAGGGAAUCACAGAUCUCCAUUAAAUAUUGCUUCAUAUUUCGCUUUGAUUCCGCAGUUAAGGACACGCCAUAGGUAUAGUAUGUAUAUGUACAGUGGGGGUGGCAAAAGCGUGGCAAAAAACGUGCCAUUUUGCGUCCAGGAAGUAUCAAAAAAAUGUGGCAAAAUACCUCCCUUUCCAAGUGAAAAAUCUCCAAUUUCAAAAGUGGUGAGGGAAAAGGCGUAGCCCUUCAAAAUGAGGUUUUUUCUCUUGAAGAGGGAAGCAUUUUGCUACUUUUCUGAUACUUCUCGGAUGCAAAAUAGUACGUUUUUUGCCACUGGAUCAGGUCCCCACUGUAGUUGAACUGGCAGCUAAAGCAUCUAGCUGAGAUGGAGUUUCCAAUACAUCCCCUUAGAGCCAUUUGGAAUAUUUUUAAACCAAAGCAAUCCGUUGGCUAACCCUUAGUAGAUAACUGUAAUCAGCCACAAGCCAAAAAAAGUCAUUCUUAGAAAAUCCCCCUCGGUCCCGCCUUACCACAUCAUUUUUCCUCAAGGUGCCCCUUUUGCCCAGGUGCACUCUUUCUCUUAGGUACCCUCUCCGGAUCCAACCUGCUUCAUAAUAUUUGAACAGGGGAAGUACCAUAAGUGCGACGCUCAGAUUUUGAUGAAACUUGGCAAAGAUUUUUUUUAGGAAUUGAUACUUGUUUCAUAACCGACGUGUGUGCAAAAUCUUAAGAAAAUCUUGCACUUGGGGUACUUCUUUUGUAAGCUGAAUGUUUUCAGACAAAAUGCGGCUAACUAUCCUCUUUUUUCUCCUUGUGUCGGUCAUCUUCAUAUCCAAUGUCAGCGCCAAAGAAGUCGUCGGUGAGGAAGCUCUUCUCCAAUUCCACAAGCAAUUGGCCAAGUUGACGGCCGAAUUCAGCCAACUGAUCAAGGGAAAAACGAAUCAUGGAGCAAAUAAAAAAGUCAAGAAGGCCAAAAAGGACAAGAAACAAAAGAAGAGUAAGAGUAAGAAGAGCAAGAAGGAGGAGAAGAAGAGUAGCAAACAUGCCGCCACAACAACACGCAGCGAAGAGGAGUGA